AAACACUUCGCACGCAGGAUUGUGUUGAAUAUUUUCGCUAUGGCUGAUGAAGUUAAGAUUGGGUACUUGAAAGAGAUGUUGACUUUGUUGAGGAAGUCCCUGGAGAAGUUUGUUAAGGCAAUGACCAUGAAGUCGACCAAGGACCUCACAACUGUGCCAUUCAAAGACAGCAACUCCCAGCUGAAUGACAACAUCAUUGCCACUGAUGUAAUGAAAAGAGCUUACAUGGUGGACCACGAGGAUGAAAAUCAACCAUCAUCACUACAGAGGGCAGUAAGAAAAUUCUACUAUGCAGUGACAUCAAAGAUGCUGGUCAAAUUUCUUUUCAAGGAUAUGGUGGUAUCCAACCUUGGCUUCCUAAAUCCAGCAAAUGGAGGAGAUCUACCACCAACUGCCCUAACUGUGCUAGCACAGAGAUUCGCUUCCCUAGUGCCCCAGGAUCAUUGGGAACAAAGGAAAGACAAAUUCAUCGACUACCAAACAACUCCUGCUGUGGACCUCCCAGGUUUUGUGGAGGACACAAGAACAGAUGUCUACUGCAUGGGCUAGGAUUCUGGAGAAAUAACAUCACCAAGACAGCAAUGUUUCCAGUGAUGAUUGAUUGAUCGUAUGUUGUUAAACAUCCCUCUCAAGAAUGUUUCACUCAUAUGGAGACGCCACCACUUGCCGGUGGAGAACUGCAAAUUUUUCCUAUACUCAGCUCUCAGGGCCAUUGAGCAGGGAGGGAUCUUUUUGUGCCGGCACGUACUGCGACACGGGACCUCGGUUUAUACGGGCUCAUCCGAAGGACCGGUCUCCACAUCCCACAGUGGGAUUUGAAUCCGUGACAUAAGGAUCAACUCUGUACUUCGUGACUGUACAGCAGUUUCCAGCGAUGGUGAAAUAGUCAAAGCCAUUCUUAAAUAUUGUGCCAAACUCCAAUGCUGGAUGUGAAUGAGUCUUCUCUAUGGUGUAGAAAAUACAGACAGAGACCCCCUGCUAAUUUGGACAAUAAACCAAUCAGUAUCCUACUUACCACCAAAUUAAAAACAGCAAUGUAAUCUUAUUAAACCAUUAAAGGACUUGCUCCAGUCAGUAAAAAAGGCUUGUGUUUCAAAUAACAAAGAAUUUGGUCUUUUUAAAAGUAGUGAUUAACUCUUUAACUGUUUGUGUCUUGACUGUUGACUGAAACUAUCUAUCCUCUGUUUUGCAUAUUCUUAACUGAAUUUUAAUGGUAUACAUUGGCAGAUCUAGAGGGUAGGGACUGGACUUCCCUCCUUAUUUUUCCAGAGAGAGAGAGGGCAGAGAUGCUUUUCUGUAAUAGGUAUUUUUACUUUUAAUUUGUUAAAAUAAAGUAUCCAAAUCUCUGCCUUUUCUGCUCACUAGAAAGAGUAUUGCCUAUUCCUAAUAGAUACCCGUUAUACCUUCACUACCUUGGUCCCGGGCCCCAACCGGGCCCACACAAUGUUACUUGAAACUUAUAAGGAUGUCACAAAGGAUUAUCAUUUAUAAGUUCUUGAAAGAAAAAUGAUCUUAAUUACCAUACUAGUAACAUGCAAGGUUUCAACAUCGGAAGAUUCUGGCGAAACUUUGGCGAAAACAUUUUUGGACAAUCUUCUAAAGUAACUUACUUACAGGAAUAUGCAAAAAAAGGGUUAUGAUAAGGAGUAUGCUAAAGAUAAAUAAUUUCUCCAUACAGUAUGAAAGUAUUUUAGUCAAUGAAGACAAAAGGUAUAAAACGCUCC